UGGCGCCACUGUACGCGCAAGUGGAUUGUGUCCCGCGGAGGGCGCCACGCAAAUGCAAUCCACACGAGACGGCCGAAGCUUUCGCUGGAGUGGGUGCAAAAUUCGUAAUGGAAAAUCAAGCAGAUAAAAUCUAAUUAUUAAGGGAAUUAAAAAAUAUCCAAGCCAAGUUGCAGUUGGACUAGAGAUUUAGCUGGAAAUGGAGCUAAAGGAAAACUUUUUAUUCAUUUUACUCAUUUUUUUGUGGGAGAUUGCAGCUGGUCUGAACUGUACCCAGGCGCGUGUCCUGUAAUAAAUCCUGUUGAGAAAUUUGAUUUAGAUAAGUUUCUGGGCAUUUGGUAUGUGCAAUCCCACUACCCAUUCGACGAUGAACCGCAGCUGGAGUGUCAGCAUUUUCUCUAUCAACGGCAUAGCGGACGCUACUAUGAGUUUGAGCUGCUGCUGGAUAAUAGAUUUGCCAAAAAAGUGAUGACCCGCUCGACUGUUAUACGUUACGUGGAUGAAACUGGAGGCGUUGAGGUCAAGCGUCGCAAUAGCACCUAUGAUAAUUCGCCACAUAGGAAACCUAUACCCACUCGACCUCAUCGCUUUACCAUGUUCCCCGUGGCCGUGGAAUAUGACUCCUAUGUGGUCAUGAUCACCUGCAUUGCGCACCGAAGGGGCCAUUAUCUUGGCGCUUGGAUCAUGACGCGGCACUGCAAGCCGCCGGGCAAGCACAUUAUGGCCGCUCAGAAUGCGCUCAUGAAGCAGGAAGUUGAAGUUUUGGACAUGAUUGAUGCCAAGCAGUUCGAUUGCGAUGUCUAUGAAUGAAUAAAUGCAUGGCAACCAUAUUCAGGACAUUGAACUACUCCACUUGAUCGCUGACAAUUGAUACGCAAGCAACACGCGGAAGCCCUUAUCUAGACA